GACAUCACAAACGUUAUCUGUGCCAGACAGUCCAGACAAAAUGAAAAUUCUUUAUUUGGCAUCGUUUGCUGUUUUGCAAUUUCAUUUCUGUUCGAGUCUGUCUGUAGAAAUUUUAAAACCAAACAGCACAGGACCAGAAGCUGCCUUAGUUAUCGUCCCUGGAGCAUAUAUUACAGGUGCAGCAUACAAACCUUUAGCUCAAGUUAUUCAGAAGAAUAGUAAUCUGAAGUUAUGGGUUGCCUUGCUAGACGGAUUUUUUAAUAAACUUCCUAACCCACUCCAGCUUCCUAUAGUAUUUAAAAAAGCUGUUAAUGAGUUACUAAAGGCAGGUUAUAAAGGGAAGAAAGUGUUCUUGGCUGGACAUAGUCUUGGAGGUGAAGUUGCAGCCCUUUAUGGACAAAAAGCGAACCAUAUUUUAGAUGGAGUGUUGUUGUUUGCAUCAUACAUUACAAAGAACAACAAACUUAAAGAGUAUCCAUUUCCGGUUCUGACCAUUAGCGGUGACCUAGAUGGAUUAACUAGAAUAACCAGAAUCGUAGAUACGUUCGAGGAACUCCAAGAAGACGUGAAAAGCGAUCCAGAGCAAAUAUACAGGACACCUGUAAUAGUAAUGGAGAGCAUAAAUCACGGACAGUUCGCGUCGGGUCAAUUACCAAAAACUGUAACUGAUCAUGAUCUAAAUCCAGAAGUAUCUCAAUCUGUAGCAUAUAAUACCAUAGCUAAUUACUCGAACGCAUUCAUGGUAGUUGUCAGAAAUGAUACAGAUACCAAUGUAACGCAAGCCGAAAAUAUCUUGGAAGACGGUUAUACUAAAACCACUACAAUGAUGCAGCCUCUCUCGAAAGUGAAAGCUCUUGAUCAAAACCCAGAAUUUACCUCACACUGGACUAACACUGCUCAAGAACUCGUUGUCAGUCUGAAAAAUAUAACAGGUGUUGAGUUUAUCAAUUACGAAGACGAAUCACUGGAUAUUUUACCAAAACAAUCACGUGUCUUAAUUCCGUCAGAUAAUAUAAAAAUUGAAAGUCUGACAACUUUAUGGAUGCAACCAAACCCUCUAGAUUCAACUACAUCACCUCUGAGUCCUUUACAACUAAAAGCAACGAUGAAAAGUCAAGAGGCUGUCAAAAAGAUUUUACCCUCCAGUCAAUUUGGUAUACCGGCAUCCUGUAAAGAAGUCAAUCAGAAUGCUUAUGAACUAGCCUUUGCGAAAUCAUCACCAAUGGCAAAGGAAAGGUACACAUCAAGAGGAAGACGAAUUAUAUUCAAUGAUGACGUCAGUGUUUCAUCAGAAUUUCAAUGGGUCAGGUCGCAAUUAGACCUCAACUAUAAUCAAACAGGUCUCUAUGUAACAGCUGCCAGAUUCCAGACUGGUAUGAGUGAGCCAACGAAAAGCUAUUCUGGACAAAAUGAUUGUACUUUGAUAUCGCCGUUCAGGGCAAUGGAAUGGAUUUAUAUCGACUCUCUAAAAUAUACAACGUCACAAAUAAAAUCUAAUUCUACAUAAUUUAAGAUUUUAGUCUGUAAAUAUCAACUAUAAAAGUCUCUACAAACAGGAAAUGUUAAUGAAAUAAAACUUUUUAUAUAGUAA